GUUCUCUUUCUUUUUCUAAACCCAGAUUCUCAUUCUCUCCCUUUCUGAAUAUACACCUUCCCCCGGAUUCCGAUUCCCUUUCAAGAUUACAUCUUUAAACCCAAAUUCUCCUUCUCUAGGGUUUUACUCCUAAGCGUCAUGAGAGCCAAAUUGGUGGUGUUUCCUAUAAGAGGCAAGAACUGGUGCUUCAGCAAAACCAUCGAUCACUCUUUCCCCGCAGCCCCUGCCUCCUCUCAAUCUCCUUCAACCCUGAAAGACCUUUGGACCAACAUCAAUGUUGCCAAACCCAUUAACGCCAAAGCUGAGCUCUUGGUGGACUACAUCGCCAACAAGAUGAAUGUGGCUUGGGUUGGCUUGGAAAGAGCGCCAGAUAAGUCUCUCAAGAAGAAGAUUCAUGGGUUGGGGCUGUGGCUCCUGUCGCGGGUUAAGCCCUCCGAGAUAUUUUUGAAGUCUAUUUCGAAGGAGAUCACUAGUGUUGAAGUCAUUUACCCAUCAAGUUUGAAUGCUCAACUUGUUCGUCGAAGAGUAAGACAUAUUGCUAUGAGGGGAACAGUUAUUCACAGGAAAUACUUUUAUGGUUCAGUUUCAUUAAUUCCAUUGACUUCUGCACUUAGCGUUUUACCGUUACCUAAUGUCCCAUUCUUCUGGGUUUUAUUUCGCACUUAUUCUCAUUGGAGAGCUCUGCAAGGAAGUGAGAAACUGUUUCAACUAGUCUCAGAUAGCAGCAAGACUUCAAACACUUAUACAGAUAAAAAGAAAACUGAGCACAAAGACUCUAAAAGUGAAAGCCACAGUUCGCAUAAACCAUCUUGGGUGUUGCGGCCAUCCAAAGAACUAGAGAAUCUUGUUCGUCUAGAAAAUGGUCAAGACAGUCUUAGUCAACAUGUCAUCGAAAAUAUUUGCAAGAUAUAUGACCUCAAUACCCAAGAUGUUAUAAAAUAUGAGAGGUCUAUUUUUUGAAUCAGUUUUGUAAUACUACAUUUACUUCCUUUGGAUUUUCUUAAUAGUGUAUUUGGAUGAGAAAUUUAAAUUAAUUCAUUUGUUUGAAGAAUUUUAA